UCGCGCUUUGCUCGGGAGUGCGCGGCGCGUUGCUUUGUGGGUACGCGGUGACGUGUUCCCCUCCGGCCGGACCCAGGAUGGCUGACGAUAGACAGCACAAGCUGGCGGCGGCCCGGAGGAAGUUAAAGGAGUUUCAACAGAAGACGACUCCUCCUCCGGCUCCUGCGGGCGGCAAGAAGAAGAAGAAGGGAAGAGAGUCAAACAGCCAUCCUGACACCCCCAAUCGUCUGUCUCCAGACCCCAUUGAGGCCAUUUUGAAGGGGCUGGUAUCAGAUCUUCAUAGAUCCAAUGGGGUGUCCAUCCCUGGUUUGGGAGACGUGAAGGUGCUCUUGGAGAGAGAUGACGCUGAUGCCGAAAUCCUUACAGAGGAUGUCCUGGACAAUUCUAAAACCCCGACCGAAACCCAUUUUAAUAACCCACUGUCUGAGCAAAAUGACUACGAUAGCGGGAAGGUGACAGCGGACGGCAAGAGGUUUGUCUCCUCGACGGACAGUCUCCGGCAGCUUUCUGAACAGUUGAAUGGCCUGGUGUCGCAGGGGAACUCUUAUGUAAAUGGGGAAAACAUCAUCUCGUCCACCAGCCCAGAAGUGGAGUCUCGUUACCAGGAUUUGGCUGCUGCCUUGGACUCCAGUAACUUAACAAACAAACAGCUCAGUGCAAAGAUAGAUGAACUGAAACAGCAGAACCAGGAUGCUCUGGAUCAGCUGGACAAGGAGAGGAAAGGCUUUGAACAGAAAUUUUCCAAGGAGCAGGGCUCUCUUCGGGAACAGCUGCAGGUUCACAUCCAGACAAUUGGGAUUUUGGUAUCGGAAAAAUCUGAACUCCAGACGGCCCUGUCCUUCACCCAGCAGGCUGCACGUCAAAAAGGAGGUGAAGUGGAGGAUCUCGUCAUGCGUUUACAGUCAACCCGGCAGAGAGUGACAGAGCUGGAGCGCACGCUUUCUUCUAUUUCUGCUCAGCAGAAACAACUAGAAAAGCUUAAUAAAGAAUUGGAGAAGGAGAGGGACAACCUUCGUCUUGACACCUUAAAGAACAGUAAGAGCAGCGAUGAAUUGAAGCAGCAGAACUCGGAAAUGUCAGAGAAACUGAAUGCACUUCUGUCUGAGAACGCCGCCAUGAGAUUGGAGCUCGGGGACCUGCAUAAGAAGCUCGAAAUGGCUGAACUGAUGAUACAGCAGUUUUCGAAUCCGACGGGAGCUCCUGAUGCCAACCAGCAGCUGCGUAUGGUCAUUGAAGAGCGAGACCAACUGGGCAGUCAGCUAACACAGAUGUCUGAUUCUAUCCAGCAACUGAGAGCAGAACGGGACCAGUAUUUUGAGAAAUUGAAGGAAGAAGGGGCAGUUUGGCAAGAAAGAGUCCGUCAGCUGUCUGAGCAGAUUCAGACACUCAACCAGGAAAAAGAGAUCACUCGGGUGCAGGUUGAGCAGUUGGAGACCAGAGUAACAGAGCUGCUUUUAGCAUCAGCAGCAGAGCUGACGGACUCAGAACCAUCCGCACCCCAAGGCCCCUCUGAAGCAGAGGUGGCCCUUCAGCAGGAGGUUGAAAAACUUCAUCAAGAAUUCCUGGAGCUCCAGUCCAGGUAUCAGGCCCAGGUGCAGGACAACAGCCAGCUGAGCCGCCUGAACCAGGAGCAGGAGGAGCAGAUCCUGGAACUACAGAAGACCUUGGAGAGGCACAGUGAGGAUAACGUAGACAAGCUGCAGAUCCUGGAAAACAUGCAGAGCGACAAAGCCACCAUCAGCCGGGCACUGACCCAGAACAGGCAGCUGAAGGAGCACCUGGCUGAACUGCAGAACGGUUUCGUCAAGCUGACGAAUGAAAAUUUGGAGCUCACAGACGGACUGCAGAGCGAGCAGCACGUGAAGAAAGAGCUGGCCAAGAAGCUGGGUCAGCUACAGGAGAGCAUAGGGGAUUUUAAGGAGCAGCUCGCAACAAAGGAACAGGAAGUGCAGCUGCUGCAAACUCAGAGGGAUGAGCUUUCCGCUCAUCUCCAGCAGUACGUCGCAGCAUACCAGCAAGUAUCCAUCGAGAAGGAGGAAUACCAGAGGCAGUACCUGCUGCAGGCCCAGCUCAUGGACCGCCUGCAGCAUGAUGAGGUGCAGGGCAAAGUCAGCGCGGAAAUGCACCUGAAGGAGCUGCAGCAAAGCAGGGAAAACCUGGAGCUUCUUACCAAAGAAAACCAAGAGCUGAAGGCACAGAUGAUGCAGAUUCGCAGCGAGCCCGAAAGCAGAGCUCUGAGUCGCAUGGAAGGGGAUGGCGUGGAGAGCAAAAUCUAUGAAGAUGAAAUCCCGAAAUCAUCACUGGUUAUUCCUGAAGAUUUUGAAAGUAGAGAAGAGAUGAUGGCAUUCCUCUCAUCUGCCCUCUCUAAGUUACAUGGAGAGCGGGACGAAGUGGAGAGGCAGCUGACGGAGCAGAAGAGGAGCUGUCAGCAGCUCCUGCAGCAGAUCUCUGAGCUCAGGCAGCAGCAGAUGUCCAGCACUCCCCAUCACUCCGCAGGGCUCAGUAUGGAGAGUGUUCCCAGAGAGGUCUAUGAUGCUUUGCAGAGCGCCAUGGAGAAGCUGCAGUUCCGCUUCACUGACCUGAUGCAGGAGAGAGUGGAACUAAAAGAGAGGGUGGAAGAGCUGGAGCAUCGGUGUAUUCAGCUGUCAGGGGAAACUGACACUAUAGGGGAAUACAUUGCACUUUAUCAGAGUCAGCGAGCAAUCUUGAAACAGCGACAUACAGAAAAGGAGGAAUACAUCAGUCGCCUGGCCCAGGACAAAGAAGAGAUGAAGGCCAAGUUGUUGGAACUGCAAGUCUUGGUCAUGAGACUGGUGGCGGAGAGGAAUGAAUGGUUCAAGAAGUACAUGGAGGCUACGAGAUGUUCCAAGGAGGUGGCGCAAAGUGCAGAUGGGCCAAUGGAGGUGGAUACGACUACCGGGGAAGCACUUGAGGAAGUAAGCUUAUUAGAGGAUGUAGAAGUGGAGAAAGCUCAGGGCAUCUCUCAGUUGUCUUCUGCUCAGGAAGGGUCAGACGCUGCCCCGAGUUCCGAAGACCCCACGGCCAAGCAGAUCAUGCAGCUUCUACGUGAAAUUCAGAACCCCCAAGAACGUCCCGGUUCAUUACUCCAGAAUCCCUGCAUCCCGUUCUUCUACCGCGUGGAUGAAAAUGAUGAGGUCAGGAUCAUGGUAGUCUGAGAUGGACAAGUCCCUCUUAUCCAAGCUGCCACUUCCAUGCCAUCUCUUUUCUGGACUGUGGCUGAUGGUCUCCACCUGCACAGGAGAUGCGGUCACUUGGGGAUGGGAUGGUUAAGCCUUCAGCUGCUUGGGAUUGUAAUGGGCUGGGACAGCGUCCUCCCUCGUCUGAGCUGUGGCAUUGAGGGAAAGGUUUGUACCUGCAAUGAUGAUGGAGGAGGGUGGUCCUCUCUAUCGACCCAGAGGGCUUAUGUACCAUUUAGGUGGGCUAGUAGAUUACCACACACUGCUUUGUUUGGGGUUAGGUAACUUAAUCUUUGCCAACUAUGUACCGCUGCCUCCCUUAUUUAAAAGCGCCCUAACACUAAUGUUUUAUGUGAGGUGGACAUGACACGGUCAAGAAUGAAGGAAGGAUCCUGACAUAGCGGUAUUACAGGCGCACCUUGUAUAAGGCUGGUUCCUAAAAGGCAUUGCAAGGGGGAGGUGGUCCAGUCAGUUAGUGGAAGACCAAGACGAGUGUAGAAGAGUUCUGCAGCGUUGACAUGCUGAUUUACCAGUCAAGUGUUCUCCCUGCAGUGGCAGCCCUGUUGUAGACCAGGUGGACCUGGAGAAGAUUUUAGAGUUUUAACAGAGACCCCCGUUAUUUAAUCGCCUUACAGCAUAUGAAAUAAAGAAUGCAUCAUAGGUUUUCCUUGUAGGAUUUCAUUUUUAACACUUAUUUUUGAAGGUUGAUUGGCAUAAGCUCACCCCAGAACUUUUCAUACAAUUGUUAAAUUUAGAUUCUUCAGGAGAUCCUCCACCUUCAUUUAUUUUUAUUAAAAAAAAAAAAAAAAAAUAUUUGAUUAAUAUGGCAAGGUCUCUUUGCCUGUUCUGUGCCAAUUUCGCUUGACUUGUGAAAUCUGGCACAGACUGUUUGCCAAGAAUUCACCUCUUUAGUAGUGGGCUAGAAGCAGCUUAGCAAGCAGUCGCGCCAUGUCCUUUCCUGUCUCAAACUGCACUGUUAACCAGAUUUUUCUGUUACCCGUCUGCCUCUCCUGACAUGGCUGGAUUGGCGACUGUGCUGAGAGCCAAAGGGGAGCAGUAACUUGACAGCAUUCAAGCCCUUGUGCUUACUCAUUUCAGCCUGCACUAUUAACCAGAUUUUUCUGUUCCUAGCACCCAGUCCGUCAGCUUUGACAGUGCUGUAUUGGCACUGUGCUGACAGCGGAGGAGGAGGAGCGGCAGUCA